AUGGCAAUCUUCAAAACACACAAAUCCGAGUCCACCUACCACGCGGUACAAGGGAGCGACGAAGAGCAUGACCAGGCCCCCGUGGCAAGGGUAAACUACAAGCAGCCGAGAUAUCUUCUUCUACCCUGUCUCGUACUUUUCCUCUCCGUUGGGUGGGCAGUGACCGCGGUUUCAUUCUGGAAGUCCAUGAAGAGCAGUGAUGGCCCGUUACAUGUCUAUACAUUUACUCCCAUUCCCAAGGACGUUUUUGAACCGGUGAAGAAGGUCUUCCAACCAGAUGAUCGAUACAUUGGCAACUCAAUGGAGGUUGACCACCACUGGGAUGCGCUGGUAGCAGGACAUGACGCUGUCUGGAUAGAAGAUCCAGCAAAAUGGAAUCUACCACAGGGGAUUGUUGCUCCCUUUGACCACCCAAAUGAAACAGAUCCGCCGCAGCAGGAUUUCUAUGUCAUAUCUAUCCUACAUCAACUGCAUUGUCUGAACAUGAUCCGAUUCCAGUUCUGGCAAGCUCGCAAUGGGGUCAACCUCGAUAUUGAGCACGACGCUUUCAAAUGGAACGUCCAUGUGCUUCAUUGCUUCGAAUACCUCCGACAAGCAAUCUCGUGCGGUGGAGAUCUCAUCAUUGAAGGAUCAAGUCCUAUCAAGGUGGGCAAGGGACAUGCUACUUCCGUGACGGGCUGGGGAGUCGAGCACGACUGCAUCAACUUCGAACGUCUGAGACAGUUCCAGAUUGACCAGGAAAGGAAGUACAAUGAGACGUGGCAGAGGUAG